ACCAUACUCCAACUGUGGCAACGGCCGGUAUCUGUCUCUAGCUCCCAUCCUGUCCCUACCUUAUUUCAGUCUGAUGGCCCGGUUUGCCAAAGAAGCAACUUGGGAAUGGGAAAGCUGGAAUCCGGGUCUCUCUAUCAGCGAUAUUGAUCUCCAUUCAUCAUGACCGAUACUACCUGGUCUUCCUAUAACGCCUCCGUAGAAGCUCUAAGGGACGAGGAGUACCCCAUGCUAAAAGAGCCCGUGUACCUCGAUCAUGCUGGAACCACUCCGUACCCUAAGUCCUUGAUGGACGCAUUUGCAAGGGAGAUGACGGCGAACCUAUUUGGCAACCCCCAUUCCGCGUCGGCCUCGUCCCAGCUUUCGACGGCACGCAUCGAGGAUACUCGGCUCCGUGUGCUCCAGUGGUUCAACGCGGAUCCCGACGACUUCGAUGUCAUCUUCGUUGCUAACGCGACCGCCGGGAUCAAGCUGGUCGCUGAGGCCCUGCGGUCCGCCCCGGCGGGGUUCGACUACAUGUACCACCAGGCCUGCCAUACAAGUCUCGUCGGGGUGCGCGAGGAGGCCCGGAAUAGCCACUGCUUCGUCGAUCCGGAAUUCGAGGGGCCGCCGGUAUGGGGUCGCUCUCCUGACAGGACGCCUGGCGAGGGCGUGACGUUGGUUGCGUACCCUGCGCAGUCUAACAUGGACGGCCAGCGAUUCCCCUUGACUUGGUCCGCCCAGUUUCGCCAGCAGUGGGCGACAACCGGUGGCAGGGUGUAUACGCUGCUUGAUGCUGCGGCCCUUGUCGCGACGUCUCCGCUGGACCUUGGCAACUCCGAGACGGCGCCAGACUUCACUGUUCUGAGUUUUUACAAGAUCUUCGGGUUCCCCGAUCUCGGGGCCCUGAUCGUGAGACGGCAGGCAGAGCCCAUCUUCGAUGCCAGGAAAUAUUUCGGCGGUGGCACGGUCGAUAUGGUCGUCUGCCAGCGGGAACAGUGGCAUGCGCCCAAGAGACAGUUCUUGCACGAGCGCCUGGAAGAUGGGACGCUGCCCAUCCACAGCAUCGUCGCCCUUAGCUUAGCAAUGGAUGUCUACUGCCGACUGUUUGGCUCCAUACGCCGGGUUGCCCAGCAUGCAUCCUAUCUCGCGGACCGAUUAUACGAGGGGCUGCGAUCUUUAAAGCAUGGCAACGGCGCAAGCGCCUGCUCGAUAUACUCACGGGACCGCAGCGCCCACAACCACACUCUCGGCUUCGGCCCCGUGGUCGCAUUCAACAUACGCAGUAGCCUGGGUGCGUGGGUCCCCUUGGCGGAAUUCGAGAAGCUGGCGACGUUGAAGGGCUUCCACGUGCGAACGGGAGGCGUCUGUAACCCUGGCGGAGUCGCAUCAGCCCUCGGCCUCGAGCCGUGGGAGAUGAAGAACAACUUCUCCUCGGGCUUCCGGUGCGGAAGUGAGAACGAUAUCAUAGGGGGCAAGCCGACCGGAGUGAUCCGGGCAAGCUUGGGCGCCAUGAGCACCGCAUCGGACGUGGACCGAUUCGUCGCGUUCGUGGACGAAUUUUAUCGGGAACCGAACGCGCCCGCUAGCUUCGUACGGAAGACAACACCACCUCGGACAUUCUCUAAUCUUUACGUCCGUAGCAUAACGGUUUACCCGAUCAAGAGCUGCGGCGGCUACAAGGUCCAGGACGACAGGGAAUGGGAAGUUCGACCUGAGGGCCUCGCGUGGGAUAGGGAAUGGUGCCUACUACAUCGUGGUACCGGGCAGGCUUUAAGUCAAAAGAGGCAUCCCAAGAUGGUUCUCCUACGGCCUACCUUGGAUUUUGACGGCGGCCAGCUACGCGUGACCUUCGGCGGCGACAUCCCGUCCCAUCUACCCAAGUACAUCUCAGUACCGCUAUCGAAUAACCCGGCCAUGUUCGGACCGGCCGUCUUUGACCGGCUGGUCUCGUCGCGGGUCUGCGGCGAGGAGAUCUCUGCGCAGACAUACACGUCCCCGGAAGUCAACAGGUUCUUCUCGGACGUGUUGGGGGUGCCGUGCGUGCUAGCCCGCUUCCCGCCGGGCGGCCAGGGGAGGAGCAUGCGGCACUCCAAGGCGCGCCUGCAGAAACACCAGAUGCUGGGGCCGGCGGCGCGGACGCCGCUCCCGGGGUCCUUCCCCGGACCGCCGUCGCCGCCGGAGUCGGAGUCGGACACGGAGGAGGCGGCCCAGCGCCGCAUCUUGCUCUCGAACGAGAGCCCGAUUCUGCUCGUCAACACGUGCAGCCUCGCGGCGCUCAACCGGGACGUCGCCGCUGCGGGAGGCGCCGAGGUCUCGGCGGCAGUGUUCAGGGCCAACGUGGUGGUCGGGCCGGCCGGCGCCGCGCCGCAUGGGCGGCAGCAGCAGCAGCAGCAGCAGUCGCCGUACGCCGAGGACGGAUGGGCGAGGCUGCGCAUUGGCGGCCACGAGUUCAGGAUGCUGGGCUCGUGCCGGAGGUGUCACAUGAUAUGCGUCGACCAGGGGACGGGGGAGAGGCGCGAGGAGCCGUUUGUGACCCUGUCGAAGACGCGGAGGUUCGACGGCAAGGUCUUCUUCGGCGCGCAUAUGGGCCACAGCCCUGGGCCCUGCCCUGACACUGCGCGGAGAGAGGCGCAGUUUCCGACGAUCAGGGUUGGGGACUUUGUUGAGCCGGAUGUGGCGUAGCCUGGAUGUUGCGUCAUAGGUCGGUGGCUGUAGAGAAAAAACAAUUUAAUAAUAAAAAGGCUACAUUUGAUACCCAGAGGAAGGUGCCCAAGCAGUACCAUUUCACCAGUUACUUACCUCCUGACCAAAAGAAAAUAACUUGUAAUAAAACACAGCAUACAACCCAAUUGAUGCUAUCAGAAAGGAAAAAGG